UUAUUUCCUUCUAGUUUUGCGUAUUCGGGUUCGUAACAGACAAAUAAUCCGUUUCCACUUGUGUUUUGUACUUGAUGAAUCAAAGCCUUUGUUUUUGCUUCCAAAUCCUCAAAAUCGCUUCUCAAUCAAAAAAGUGAAUUACUCCAAAAUCGCUUCUCAGAGUAACAACUUAUUGAAAUCCAAACAUCGCUUUCUUGAUUGCCUUCUUCACGCUACAAUUUCAAUGGAGAGUGUUUGUCUCAAGUGUGGCGAUGUAGGUUUUAUCGAGGCUAUAGUUUUUUGCAACAAGUGUGAGGCUUGUGCUCUUCACAGGUACUGUUUAGAUGGACCUGUGAUUUUUACUGAUGAAGUUAUAUGGUUUUGUGAGGAUUGUGAACCAAAGCAAAUAUCGCAAAAAACUAAAUUGGCAAGUUUGGCCAAUUACAGAAUCCAAACCCGAAGAAAACUGAAACAUUGUGUAAAGAGACUGAAGGAAAGAAAUCAACAGCACAAAAGGAAGAUUAAAGAGAAGGGGAAGAACGGAAAAGUUAAAUCUGGCAUGCAUAAUAUCAGCCAUGAACAAGAAACUGAAUCUAAAAAUGAGUGUGAACCAGUUCCAUCAAAUUCACCAAAUAGCAACGUUGUUCCUGAAUCUAUUCAAAUCUCUCAAGUUACUGUCACUGAUGAUUUAAUUCCUUUGGAAGUUCAUGUUGAUGCACAACCGAUUGCAGAACCAAUAUGGAGGGGAAACUUGCUCUUCUGUGAUAAAAGUAAAACUACCGGUACUGUCAAACUUCUGGCCCAUUUGUCCAGUUUAGCAUCCCCCAAAGUUCUGGAGGAGGUUGAUCUUUUCCCAGAAGUGCUUUCCGCUGAUUUGCUUCCCAGAUCUGCGGUGUGGCCUACUAGCUUCAAGAAGAAAGGACCAACUGAUAAGAGCAUUGCUCUUUAUUUCUUUCCUGUAAAUGAAAGUGUCUUUGAUAAGCUGGUUGAUGAUAUCAUUCGGACUGAAGAGGCCGUAAGAGUUGUGACCGAAAAUGCAGUGCUUUUAAUUUUUCCUUCCACCUUGCUUCCAAUCCAACAUCAGAGGUUUCAAUCCAAACAUUACUUGUGGGGUGUCUUCAAGAAAAAGCAAACUUCACUCGAGGCAAAUGAUGCUGUGAGCUGAAAGGAUGCUCAUGUUACGAAACCCUUAACUCGGCCUAACCAUAGUCAGUUUUAUAUUCUUGAGAAAUAAUAGUAGCUAUAGUUAUAAUGCUUAGAUUGUACUACUGUAGUAGUUAUAUGAUAUUUGCAUGAUGAUGUGAUGGUGUUACUUAGUUGCAUAAUUGGUCAUUAUUUAGGUAAGGAUUAUCAUUCUUUACUAAUCCUUAGUCAAUUUCGUGUUUUCACGGUGAAUCAUAUGAAGCUUUUGACAGUUAGAAAUUAUCUAUAAUGAGAAUUGUCAUUUUUA